GCCUCAAGACCAGCAGGAUGGCUGGAGCUUCUGUAAAGGUGGCGGUGCGGGUGCGUCCUUUCAACUCCCGAGAAAUGGGCAAGGAUUCCAAAUGUAUAAUACAGAUGACAGGAAACACCACAACUAUCAUUAAUCCAAAGCAGCCCAAGGAGACGCCCAAAAGUUUCAGCUUUGACUAUUCCUAUUGGUCUCAUACAACUCCUGAAGAUAUCAACUAUGCCUCUCAAAAGCAGGUAUACCAGGAUAUUGGAGAGGAGAUGCUGCAGCAUGCUUUUGAAGGUUAUAAUGUCUGCAUCUUUGCUUAUGGCCAAACUGGGGCUGGCAAGUCCUAUACGAUGAUGGGCAGGCAGGAGAAGGACCAACAAGGCAUCAUUCCCCAGCUAUGUGAAGACCUCUUUUCCCGAAUCAAUGACACAACAAACGACAACAUGUCCUACUCAGUGGAGGUAAGUUACAUGGAAAUAUACUGUGAACGUGUCCGUGACCUCCUGAACCCCAAGAAUAAAGGGAACCUGAGGGUGAGAGAGCACCCACUCCUUGGGCCGUACGUUGAGGAUCUAUCAAAACUAGCUGUCACAUCCUAUAAUGACAUCCAGGACCUGAUGGACUCAGGAAACAAAGCCAGGACGGUGGCUGCCACCAACAUGAAUGAAACCAGCAGCCGCUCUCAUGCUGUCUUCAAUAUUAUCUUCACUCAGAAACGGCAUGAUGCUGAAACUGACGUCACGACUGAGAAGGUCAGCAAAAUCAGUUUGGUGGAUCUUGCAGGCAGUGAACGGGCUGACUCCACAGGAGCCAAAGGCACAAGGCUGAAGGAGGGAGCAAACAUCAAUAAAUCUCUAACUACGCUGGGGAAGGUGAUUUCUGCUCUGGCUGAGAUGGAUUCAGGACCAAAUAAGAAUAAAAAGAAGAAAAAGACAGACUUUAUUCCAUACCGAGACUCUGUACUUACUUGGCUUCUCCGAGAAAACCUAGGUGGUAACUCUCGAACUGCUAUGGUUGCUGCUCUCAGCCCUGCUGACAUCAACUAUGAUGAGACCCUCAGCACCUUAAGGUAUGCCGACCGUGCUAAGCAGAUCAGGUGCAAUGCUGUCAUUAAUGAAGAUCCUAACAACAAGCUGAUUAGAGAACUGAAGGAUGAAGUGGCUCGUCUAAGAGACCUCCUGUACGCCCAGGGCUUGGGAGACAUCAUUGACACCAAUCCUGUUCCAGGAGGACCUAAAUUGACCAAUGCCUUGGUAGGAAUGAGUCCAUCCUCCUCCCUCUCAGCCUUGUCCAGCCGAGCUGCUUCGGUCUCCAGUCUUCAUGAACGGAUCAUGUUUGCGCCGGGCAGUGAAGAGGCCAUUGAGAGGCUGAAGGAAACGGAAAAGAUCAUUGCUGAGCUGAAUGAAACAUGGGAAGAAAAGUUGCGUAGGACAGAAGCAAUACGUAUGGAGAGGGAAGCUUUGCUUGCAGAAAUGGGAGUAGCCAUGAGAGAAGAUGGUGGUACUCUGGGGGUGUUCUCUCCUAAGAAGACGCCACAUCUGGUCAACCUAAAUGAGGACCCACUAAUGUCUGAGUGCCUUCUAUAUUACAUUAAAGAUGGGACAACCAGGGUUGGUCGAGAGGAUGCUGAGAGGAGGCAGGACAUUGUCCUCAGUGGGCACUUCAUCAAAGAAGAGCACUGCAUUUUCCGAAGUGACACUAAGGCCGGCACUGAAGCAGUGGUGACCCUGGAACCUUGCGAGGGGGCAGACACCUAUGUCAACGGCAAGAAAGUAACAGAACCUAGCAUCUUGAGAUCAGGAAAUCGUAUAAUCAUGGGGAAGAGCCAUGUGUUCCGAUUUAACCAUCCUGAGCAAGCACGGCAAGAGCGAGAGCGAACCCCUUGUAAACAAGGCAUUGACAUGAAGCAGGAGAUGGAGCAGAGGCUUCAGGAAUUGGAAGAUCAAUAUCGAAAGGAAAGAGAGGAAGCUAAUUAUCUUCUGGAGCAGCAAAGGCUUGAUUAUGAGAGUAAAUUGGAGGCUUUACAGAAACAGAUGGAAUCAAGAUAUUACCCUGAAGCUAAUGAGGAAGAGGAAGAGCCUGAAGAUGAAGUACAAUGGACUGAGCGGGAGUUUGAGCUGGCACUCUGGGCUUUCAGGAAGUGGAAAUGGUACCAGUUUACAUCUCUGCGAGAUCUGCUGUGGGGCAAUGCCAUUUUCCUGAAGGAGGCCAAUGCCAUCAGUGUGGAACUGAAGAAGAAGGUUCAGUUUCAGUUCGUGCUUCUCACAGACACUCUGUACUCCCCUCUGCCUCCGGACUUGCUGCCUCCCGAUGCUGCUAAAGACCGUGAGAAACGUCCUUUCCCAAGGACCAUUGUGGCUGUAGAAGUGCAGGAUCAGAAGAACGGAGCAACCCAUUACUGGACACUGGAGAAACUCAGACAGAGGUUGGACCUGAUGCGAGAGAUGUAUGACCGGGCGGCUGAAGUGCCCUCUAGUGUUAUAGAAGACUGUGACAAUGUGGUGACAGGCGGAGACCCCUUCUAUGACCGCUUCCCUUGGUUCAGGCUGGUUGGCAGUUCAGAUAUCUCUGGCUGCAACAGCUCUCCUAUUUUCAACACAUGCAUGAGCGAGCGCAUGGCUGAUCUCACCCCCUCCCCCACCUUCUCGAACCCUGACUCCGACAUCACCGAGCCUGCUGACGAGCAGCACAUGGGGAAGGAGGAGGAGGAGGAGGACCUGGAGGAAGACAUCUUUCCGGAGUACCCACUGUAUGAUGGCCGGGAUCCAUUUUACGACCGCUCCCCCCUGUUCAGUUUAGUAGGAAGAGCCUUUGUGUAUCUCAGCAACUUGUUGUACCCUGUGCCUCUGGUCCACCGUGUUGCCAUUGUCAGUGAGAAGGGGGAAGUUAAAGGAUUCCUGCGUGUGGCUGUUCAGGCUAUUUCAGCGGAUGAAGAAGCACCAGAUUAUGGCUCAGGAGUCCGGCAGUCUGGAACAGCCAAAAUAUCUUUUGAUGAUCAGCACUUUGAGAAGUUCCAAUCUGAGUCCUGUCCUGUGGUGGGAAUGUCCCGUUCUGGAACCUCUCAGGAGGAGUUGCGCAUUGUAGAGGGACAGGGGCAAAUAACUGACAUGGGUCCAUCAGCAGAUGAAGUCAACAACAACACCUGUGCAGCCACUCCAGAGGAUCUUCUUCUGGACAGUUCAGAAAAAUCUGCUAUGGAUGGGCCUUUAGAGACAGCCCUGGAACACCUGAAGUUGGGUAGCAUCUUCACUUUCAGAGUGACUGUUCUGCAGGCAUCCAGCAUUUCAGCAGAAUAUGCAGACAUCUUCUGCCAGUUUAAUUUCAUCCACCGCCAUGAUGAGGCCUUCUCUACAGAACCCUUGAAGAACACAGGACGAGGGCCACCUCUUGGAUUCUACCAUGUUCAAAAUAUUGCAGUGGAGGUGACUAAAUCUUUCAUUGAGUACAUUAAGAGCCAGCCAAUUGUCUUUGAAGUAUUUGGACACUACCAGCAGCAUCCUUUCCCCCCUCUCUGCAAGGAUGUCCUCAGCCCCCUAAGACCAUCCCGACGUCAUUUUCCACGGGUCAUGCCAUUGUCCAAACCAGUGCCUGCAACAAAGCUGAGUGCCAUGACAAGGCCCAGUAUUGGCCCCUGUCAGUGCAAGUACGACCUGAUGGUCUUCUUUGAGAUCUGUGAGCUGGAGGCCAAUGGCGACUAUAUCCCUGCUGUUGUGGAUCACCGUGGAGGAAUGCCUUGCCAUGGAACAUUCCUGUUACACCAGGGUAUCCAAAGGAGAAUCACAGUCACCUUGGUGCAUGAGACAGGCAGCCACAUCCGCUGGAAGGAAGUACGAGAGCUGGUUGUGGGUCGAAUCAGAAACACCCCAGAAGGAGAUGAAUCGCUCAUUGACCCCAACAUCCUCUCUCUGAACAUACUGUCAUCAGGAUACAUCCCCCCCUCCCAGGAUGAUCGGACGUUUUACCAGUUUGAAGCAGCAUGGGAUAGCUCCAUGCACAACUCUCUGCUGCUGAAUCGGGUCACUCCGUACAGAGAGAAAAUCUACAUGACGCUCUCGGCAUACAUUGAGAUGGAGAACUGCACUCAGCCAGCAGUGAUCACCAAAGACUUCUGCAUGGUUUUUUACUCCAGAGAUGCCAAACUGCCUGCCUCUCGAUCCAUCCGCAACCUCUUUGGGAGUGGAAGCCUACGUGCCUCGGAAAGUAACCGUGUGACUGGGGUCUAUGAGCUCAGCCUUUGCCGAGUGGCUGAUGCGGGCAGCCCAGGGAUGCAAAGAAGGCGAAGGCGUGUACUUGACACCUCUGUGGCAUACGUGCGAGGCGAGGAGAACCUGGCAGGCUGGAGACCCCGCAGCGACAGUCUUAUCCUGGAUCACCAGUGGGAACUGGAGAAGCUCAGCCUUCUGCAGGAAGUUGAAAAAACAAGACACUAUCUGCUCCUGCGUGAGAAGCUGGAAACAACUCAGCGCUCAGGACUGGAUUCCCUGUCCCCAAGCUCCAGUGAAGACUCCGAUUCCCGUAGUACAUCUUAUGUCUCAUCUCCCAUCUCAGCAGAUGGGACCCCAGAGGGAAGGGCUUUACCACUGGACGCUCCCAGUGAGAGGCAGAAAGAACUUGCAGUCAAGUGCUUGCGUCUCCUUACUCACACAUUCAACAGAGAGUACAGCCACAGCCAUGUUUGUGUAAGCGCCAGUGAGAGCAAGCUGUCUGAAAUGUCCGUGACCCUGUUAAGAGACCCCUCCAUGCCAGCCCUUGGAGCUACUACUUUGACCCCCUCCUCCACCUGCCCAUCACUGGUUGAAGGACGGUACAAUGCCACAGAGGCUAGAACUCUCCAGCUUUCUCCCAGGGUGGAAAGUCCUGACCUUGAGCCUACAAUUGAAGGAGAACUGAAGAAAUCCCCUACCUGUGGAUCUGAGGAUGAAAAAGAGACCCAACGCUUAUUGAUCCCUGAUAUUCAAGAGAUUCGGGUCAGCCCCAUUGUCUCCAGGAAAGGCUACCUACAUUUCCUGGAGCCCCACACAAAUGGCUGGGUGAAACGCUACGUGGUUGUGAGGCGACCUUAUGUCUACAUCUACAACAGUGACAAGGACUCUGUGGAAAGGGCUGUCCUGAAUCUCUCGUCAGCUCAGGUGGAAUACAGCGAGGACCAGCAGGCAAUGCUGAAAACACCCAACACAUUUGCAGUGUGCACAGAGCAUCGUGGAAUCCUGUUGCAGGCAAGCAAUGACAAGGAUAUGCAUGACUGGCUGUAUGCAUUUAACCCUCUCCUGGCUGGAUCAAUAAGAUCCAAACUGUCUAGACGGAGAACAGCCCAGACAAGAAUUUAGCCUCAAAAUGCCCCCACCCCAACUUUCAAAAAGGAUCAAGAUAAUGGGUGCUCUCUAAAGGUCCCCAUCUUAAAUUUGGAUCACUCCUGUCCUCCAUUCCCCCAGAGGCCUGUUCCACAGAGU